AAUCUCUACCCGGUAACAACUGGCCACUGAUUCCUAGUAAAUGAACCAACGCUGUCAUUGGAGAAAGAGAACGGAAUAAUGAUAUCGCUCACCUUGUUAUUUUUUUUCUGUAUAUUUUCCACAUUUUCAGCUUCCAUUAAAGUACAUACCGCAGGCCCAAGACUAAACAAUGACAAGGUAUAUAAAUAUGCAUAUACAGCGGAAGUACUAAUAGAUAAACCAAGAGGAUCCCCUGAGGAUAGUGUGGGAUACAAGAUUUCAUCUGAUGUAGAAGUCAACUUGAUAUGGAGAAACCCUACCAACAAGGAUGACCAACUCAUCAAGAUUGUGAUGAAAAAUAUUAAAGUUGAAAAUAUAAACCUACGUUCACAAGGUCCAAAUAUUUUUACUGAAACUAGCGCUGCACAAUUACUAGGUGAUACUAACCUGGCUAUCCUCCAGAGACCAAUGCUUGUGCAGUGGACUAAUGGAAAGGUGAAAACACUGUAUCUGUACCAGAAUGAACCCACACUCCUUACUAACAUCAAGAGAGGCUUGGCAAGCUUAUUCCAGAUCCAGCUCAGCCCUGGCACCGUCACUGAGGUUGAUGUUUCUGGAAAUUGUAAAGUUACCUACCAGACAAAGCAAAAUCAGGUUACCAAAAUCAAGGAACUUGCCAGCUGCAAGAUCUCCAAAACUGGAUUCACAAACUCCAACAAGGUCCUGGGCAUCUCUAAGAAAGAAACAUCUAGUACAGUUUACCGUAUCGACGAUGAUAAUCUAAAAUCUGCUUUGGCAGAAGAAAAUCAUGUUCUGAUGCUUAAUGUAUAUGAAACCAUUGCAGCAAAAGUUCUUUGUAGACAGAAACUAGAGUUAAAAUCCAGUGAAGCCGGACCUAAAGAAGUUGCCGGAAAGCAGCUGUCCAACGUGGUAAAGACGGUGGAUCCUAAAUAUGUAGCCACUCCUCUAGUGGCUGAUCAGGUGAAAUCCCAGUGUAAAGGCUGUCCCUUGCUGUUACAGCAAUGGAAGACUAUUCGUAAGGACCUGGAACCUGAAAAUCUUUCAAAAUCCAGUGCUGCUCGUAGCUUUUUACAACUGAUUCAGAGUCUUCGAAGAGCCAGAAAGUCAGACAUCUUGGCGCUUCUCAAGUCAGAAAAAGAUGAUGUUCUUCCUCAGCUAAUUGAUGCUGUUACCUUUGCUCAAACGCCUGAUGCUCUAGAGGCACUCUUGGAGUAUUUGGACUUUGGGAAUGGAAGUAGACCUUUAUUACAAGAGAGGUUCUUAUAUGCCACUGGACUUGCCUCACAUCCAAAUGAAAGCAUGCUGCGAGCACUACUCGACAAAUACAAAGGAAAAAUAGCAAAUGUCGAGAUUAGAGAAACGGUGGUUAUAAUUAUUGGUGCCCUCAUCAAGAAACUUCACCAGGCUACAGGCUCUGAAUUACCGGCAGUUUUGGAAGCCAAGAAGUUAAUCUUGGAUGGUUUAAAAAAGGCCGAAAAACCCUCUGAUGUUAAGAUAUAUCUUCUAGCACUGAAAAAUGCCAAUCUGCCAGAAGGAAUUCCAUUCCUGUUGAAAUAUUCAGAAUCCGGGGAUGGUCCGGUCAGCAGCAUUGCUAUUAGUGCUCUUCAGAAAUAUCCUAUCACCUUCAUCACUGAUGAGAUAAAAAAGGUCAUGAACAGGAUCUACCACCAGAACUAUAAAAUACAUGAAAAGACAGUGAGAACAGCAGCAGCAGAUAUUAUACUGAACAGUCAGCCUACAUAUAUGGAGGUUAAAAAUCUGCUUCUUUCUAUUGGCGAGCUUCCACAAGAGAUGAACAAGUAUAUGCUUUCUGUGUUCCAAGAUAUUCUUCAAUUUGAGAUGCCAGCCAGUAAGCUCAUUCGGCAAGUGUUGAAGGAUAUGAAGGUGAAUAACUAUGAUCGCUUUUCAAAGCUUGGAUCCUCAUCUGCUUACUCAGGAUAUGUGACACGAGGCCCUGACUCAUCAGCAACGUACAGUCUUGAUAUACUAUACUCUGGAUCUGGCAUCCUCAGAAGAAGCAACAUGGAUACCUUCGUCUAUUCCAAAAACACUGAGCUGCAUGCCAUUCAGGUUGUGAUUGAAGCACAAGGUCUGGAGAGUUUAAUAGCUGCCACUGCUGAUGAGGGAGAAGAAGACCUGGAGUCCUUUGCUGGAAUGUCGGCCAUCUUGUUUGAUGUUCAGCUUCGGCCUGUAACCUUCUUCCAGGGAUACAGUGAUUUAAUGUCAAAAAUGUUCUCAGCAACUGGUGACCCAAUAAGUGUGGUGAAAGGGUUGGUUCUCCUAACAGAUCACUCUGAGACUAUUCAGCUGCAGUCUGGCUGCAAGCCAGUGCAGAGUUCCAAGGCGGACUGGCCAUUGAUAUCUCUGGAGGGAUGGAUUUCAGCCUUUGGUACAGGGAAUCCAAAACCAGUGUUAAUAAUCGUGGGGCUAUAGUUAUUGUAGGAAACAUAACCCUAGACUCGGAAUUUGCUAAUGUUGGUAUGGAACCCGCCUCGAAACAGAAUCAUCCUUCAAACUUUAUUACACUGUGAAGUUUUCAUCUAUCCAUUUUGGUUUGCAUG